GACUCUGGUCAGUCUCUCUAUUUUACUUGGCUUGUGAAUACUACUUGCCCCCUAUGAGAUACUUAGUCCUAUUUAGAGCAGAUAUCUUUCUGGCAUUCUUACUUUCUCUCGGUUAUCUACUCCCGCAUAUUCUGGGCUUAGAUGAUAAGAUAUUGUGGUGGACUAGUCUUACGGGGGACUACCGAGUCACCAAAACCUGUGGUUCGUGGACUUGUGUAUUUACUGAUAACCGGGACAUUGUUAACGACUCAAAGGCAAUUUUGUUCUAUGGCUCCAACCUCAAUUAUACGGACCUACCACUACCACGCCCGAAAAAUCAGAUUUGGGGUCUAUUACACGAAGAAUCGCCUAAAAAUGUACCCUUCCUACAACAUGAGAUUAUUUUACAUCAUUGGAACUAUACGUCAACAUUUAGUCGGUACAGUGAUGUGCCAUUGACUUUGCAGUAUCUUAAAAAUUUAGAUGCAUUAAUAACAACGAAGUAUUUUUUGCCUGUGAAAGAGAAGAAUAGAAUUAAGAAUGAAAUGAAGUUAGCAUCGGUCGUGUAUUUGCAAUCACAUUGUGAUUCACCGUCAGGAAGGGAGGAGUAUAUAAAGGAAUUGAUGCAGUACAUUGACAUUGACUCAUAUGGACAAUGUUUGAAUAAUAAGCAGUUGCCGAAGUCGACAUUUUCCAGGUUAACCGAGGAUUAUAUGCGAACAAUAGAUUCGGAUGAGCUUCACAACUUCCUGAAAUCAUAUAAAUUUAUACUUGCUUUUGAGAACGCCGCUUGUAAUGAUUACAUUACGGAGAAAUUUUGGAGACCAAUUACUAUUGGAUCAAUACCAAUUUACUUUGGAUCACAAACGAUUGAGGAUUGGUUGCCGAAUGAUAAAUCAGCAAUACUAGUGAAGGAUUUCUCAAGUCCCAAGGAGGUAGCCAAUUUGAUCAAGUAUUUAGAUAAUAACGACAACGAAUACAACUCGUAUUUACGCCAUAAACUGAUGGGCCGGAAGGGCAUUACCAAUCAGUACCUUAUUCAAAAAAUAGACGAAUGGACAGAAAGGAGUGAAGAAGGUUUAUUUAAUGAUUUCGAAUGCUUCGUCUGCGAGGAAAUCCAUAAGGACCGCCCGGAGGCUGGAGUCUGUGCUGAUGGCAGUCACUAUGAUUGUGGCGAAGAAUUCGUCCUACCAAAAAUGAAUGCAAGGCUGGAGAAUUUCUACUGGCGCAAUAUUAUGGAAUCUGAAAAGAACGUUGCGAAGGCAUUGAAUCAAUUGUUAAUUACUAACCAACCAUUCACGAAGCAUGAUUUUGAUAAGACGUUUAACCAGAUAUUAGCUCUUGGAUAUUCGACUCCAAAUACGCCGACUUCAAAACAUUGUCUUAAGCAAGGAAGGCCCCCGGAUGACCCGGUUGUAGGGACGUUUACUGUAUAUGCUGCCACCUUUCUAGUAUUUACGGCAGUCGUACUAUUUGUACUGUGUCGCAAGAGAUGGUAUUCAAAAUUUUUUAAAAACAUUUAUAAAAGCAUCAGCGGAGCAGUGUGGAGUACCCCACGGGGAAAGUUCUUUAAAAUUCGGAAGUUUCUGCGAAAUCGAAAACAACAAAAAUAUAAACCAUUUAAUGUCGAAAACAAAGACGGGAUUUAAACUGUUUGUAAUUUAACAAUUACUUUAUGGUAGGGGAUACCUACCUAUAACCGUCUUAGACUACAUACGUCAUGGCGACGACGAUAAAAUUCUACAAAACCACAUGCUGAUUUGAUAUAAGACAGACAAUUGUAAUGCUUAGUUUCAUUUCCGACCUCUUUUAAGGGGGUCAUCCCGUGUGAAGGCCGUUUUUUGCCUAUUUGAAAAAUUAUUUUGGAGGACUCGAUAAAGAUAGAAGCGUGA